UUCGAAUAUUGGGCUGAGCUAUUUGUCAGCAAAUAAACUUACUGUGUACAAGAGCCAUGCCAUCUCAACUCUAUGAUGUGAUCGUAGUUGGUGGUGGCGCGAUCGGGCUUGGGGCUGCAUACGAAGUAGCCAAGGCAGGCAAGUCCACUCUGGUACUCGAGCAGAGCUGUUUGUUCAACUCGGCUGGAAGCUCCAAUGACCUCGCCAGGAUGUAUCGCACAAUGUACACUGAGCCGUUCAUGGCGGAGCUUGCCUAUAAGUCUAUGAGCAUUUGGAAAGAACUAGAAAGGGACUCUGGAACGUCGCUGCGCACAAUGUCAGGGCUACUCAACUUCGGAGAUCCUACAAUGGGAGAGAAUACCCCUGAAGGGACGCUCAUGGGUCCUAUAGCUAAUCUAGAAAGCUUGGGUUUGCCUUAUCGCAAAAUGACGAAACAAGAUAUGGAGAACGAGUACCCAUUCAAAAACCUUCCAGAAUCAUGGGAAGGAAUUUUUGCUCCAGAUAAUGGCGUGAUCAAUGUUCCUUUGCUCGUUCGAACGCUUGCACGCCUGGCCAAAGACUAUGGUGCUCACACUCAGCAAUAUACCGAGGUUAGAAUGCUUAUCCCGUUAAAAGAGAAUGGUGAAGACAUAUGGAAGGUCGAGACACGUGUGAACGGUAAUGAAGCUGUUUCAUUCAGGGCUCGAAAAAUCAUCAUAGCGGCAGGUGCAUACACAAACCACAUUUUGCAACCUAGCUUCAAUAUCAAGCUGAAGCUUAAUAUCUGGGAGAUGGUAGCAUCAUACUUCACGGUGAAUGCCGGUCCUCACGGAACCCAUUUUCCAAGUAUGUGGUUUCAGUUUGCAAAGAACGAACAUGGCAGGUCGAGGCUGUUCUAUGGGUUUCCUACAGUCGAGUGGGGUCCACCCAAUGUGUGUCGAAUUGCAGUCGAUGCAGCAACAAGGCAGAUCAAAGACCCCAAUCAAAGAUGUGGCAGCGUUGUGAAUCCCGAGGAUAUACAUGAUACACAACAGUUUAUUGAAAAGCACUUGAUUGGGGUUGAUCACAUAACGCCCGCGUAUACCUUGUCUUGUCUGCAGACAAAUACUUUCGGUAUGUAUUCUCACGUACUGACAAACUCAAAAGCUGACUAUCUACCAUACAACAUGUUCGUACUAGACUAUAUCCCAGAGCAGUAUCUCCAAGGUGGUGCAAAAGAUAGUGUAGCAUUGUUUACUGCCGGUUGGGCGAUGAAGUUUGUACCGUUGAUUGGCAGGGCCCUGAAGGACAUGGUGUUGAAAGGGCACUCAGAAUAUGCAUUAGACGAGUUCAAAAUCAACCGUCUGGAUCUCAAGAGCAAAGGAAAAGAUGGUGAGUCCCAACCAGGCAUCAUUGAAGAGGCAGAUGGUGGCUUUAGUAAUCGCUGGGAGUACCUGUAGGGAUGCGUAGCCAUGUAUAGCUGUGAGCGCUGAUGUUACAUUCCAACUUUUCGUUGAAAAAGCACUUAUGUUAUUCAGAGUUUACCCGCAUCAUGUGUAGUGAAGGGUUUGUACUUAGUCUACUUCUUAGUACUUGAGCUUCAAUCAGUCCACGGAUAUUUUGUCAGA